UUCUAUUUUAUUUUUAUCAUUUACCCAGAUACCAGACGUCCCUAAAUUUGAGGAGGGCAAAUCAUCAAGUAGCAAGAAAGGCGCUAGCACAUCUGCAGUCAUGGAGGAAGCCGCCACUGCCGAUCCCCAAGUAUAUUCCAACGGGACCGACACCAUGGAUGUUGCUGACCACGAUGACAUCUUUGACAUGAAUGCGAGUGCAGAGGUCACUCAGACAGACGACGAAUUCGAGAACAAUGAACGAUUGAUGGAGGAGGAGGAUGCAGUAACGAAGAAAGAAUUUGUCGAGGUGGAAGACAUUUUUCAGAAUGACAAUAGCAUAAUCCACACCAAUGAUACUGAACAUGAAAAGAUGGACAAAGAGAAAGAAGAAGUAGAAGAUAUCUUUGGAGAUGACCUCCAUGUUCAGGAGGAAGAGGAGCAUGAUUAUGAACCUAUAUUUACAGCAGACGCAAGGGAAGAAGAGCCUGUCAUAAAAAUUACAGAUGUAGAUACCGAGAGGACCGAACCUGAGGUCGUUUUGGAACCCGAGGGGAAUUUGGACAAUGCGGCGGAUACGUCUAAGCUUGAUGCAGACUUGCCCUUUCCUGAUAUGCCCCGGAAAAGUGAUAUUUCCCUCAAUUGGGAGGAUGUCGUAGAGGAGGAGCAAAAGAGGGAUCAGUCCUCAGCACCUACUUUGCCUUCCACAGACACUGAAGCACCUGCUGCCCCCGUGGCAGAGCAGGAAGAAGAAAUAGACGAGGGAGAAGUGGCCAAAUUUGUGGAGAAGAUUUUGAUCAGUUCAAUGAAUGAAGUGUCUAGUCAAGCAGAGGAGGAAGGAGAAAGCCAAAAUGAAAGUUGUGUUGAGGUUCAAAUCAGUGAGCCUGCUUUAGAAACCCCUGAGACCACGGUUGAGUCAGACAAUGUUCUUUCCUUGGAGACUGGGCCAGAGAAGGUUGAUGUUGAUGUUGUCGAUGAGCCAGCUGAAAAAGAGGACUUCUCAGUCAGCAUUAAAACUCCAGCCAGUGUGCAUCCUGAAAUCAAUGGACUUGCUAAAGAUGAAGCUAAGAAUGAUAAAGAAGUAGAAAUCCAAACUGCUGUUCCCUUGUGUGCAGUGGAAGUAGCAAAGGAAGUGGAAGAUGAAGUGAAAGACAGUCCAGUGAAGGAUAGUCCAGUGAAGGAUAUUAAAGAAACUCCAAGUGCAAGCUCAAAUUUUGUUGACAGUCCGGAUGUAGGGGUAUCAAGAACAUUUGAUAAGACGGAAGAGCUUACGAAAACACCAGACUCUUUGGUUAUUGAAGAAAGCAAACCAGAGGUUGAGGUUACCAAGAGCAUGGAGUCAAGUGAAGGUCGACAACGUAAGAUGUCUGUUCCGAAACCAAGGGAUCUAAGGAAAGACUUGUCUGGAGCCAGACCCAGCUUUUUUGGGUCGGGCACUUCUGGCCCAAAGCCCUUUCUUUCUAAUACGCUACCUAGGGUAAGUGUCCUUCCCAAAAUCAGCACAUCCUACCAACGUAAGUCACCAACGUCACCAUUGUCUCUAUCUGGAAAUUACUCCAGCUUUGACAGUGCUGCAGAAGCACUACCAACAGUUGCAGGACCAGAUUUGACCAAGGAUGACACAAAAGUCAUUAAAGAACUUGAUACCAUUGAACUUCCUCUUAUUGAAACACUGUCAAAACCAACAUCAUCGAAUGCAGCCACUGUAUCAACAGAUAACGUAGAUCCCAUUGUCCCGACAAAAGAGACCAAGGUGGAAUCUGGUCCCAUGGCACCUGUCUACGCACACAAAGGUGCAGGGAAGGAUCCCAUUAUCUUGGAUGGUACAUCUCCUGAAGAACUUGAAGCAAUCUUUGCCAAAGACCCAGAGGAAGACAAAACAAAGAAAAGCAUGGGAAAGGACGAUGUCAUUGCAUCAACACGAGUCAGGAAGGUAUCCAGAACAACAUGGAAAGGUCAAGAUGAGUUCCAGAAGUCUAUUGACAAGUCUGCUGUUAUCCUUGAUGAGCCGCAAGCUGCCAGCUUAAAGAGAUAUGAGGAACGGAAGAAGCAACGAAUAGAUGCAUUUUCAGGAAAAGUCAGAGCCCGAGAAGAUUCUACGUCAGAGGCUGAAUCUGAAGGAAGUCAGUCAUCGCAUAGUGGCCCGAAAAUGCCAGAUGUUGUCCAGUCAGGAGGAAAAGUCUCCAGUAAUGGAAAUCCAGAGACAGAAAAAGUAGCACCCAAGCUGAACAUGAAAUCUGUUCGUUCUCUCUGGGAGCAAAAGGCUGCGGAAGUAGAGCAACGCAGACGUUCUCUACAAACCAAGAGUCGUCCAGUAUCCCAAGGAGAAAGAUCUAGACCAUCCCAAUCAAAGAGUAUCAACAAGUCUUGUGAUGCUCUGGACAACCUAGAUGACAGCAUUGAAGGCAGCACAACCUACUCGUAUGAUGGAACUUCUGAUGAUGGUUCUACCAAGAGGGAAAGUUUGAUUGAAAGGGAUCUUCGUCUACACAAAGAACGUACCUUGGAUAUUUCAAAAGACAGGGAUCGUCUACGAUCGGAAUCCACCUCCUCAAGAGAUGAGAGUCAGCAGUCGGAGACGUCAGAAAGUUUGGACGAUCAGGCUGUGGACAUCGUCCGUGACACCGAGCUAAGAAGAGACUCUGAUGAUGGAAGGUCUUCACCGAGUCAAAGCAGCGGGUAUAUGUCGGGUCGUUCCACACCGUCAACUCCUGCAGGAGAUGACAUCCUGAAGGUCAAGACAGGAAAGUCCUCAGGAAAGACUCCUGAGUUAAAGAUGUCAUUGUCACCCACCGAUCCAGAGGCCAGUUCUAACUACAAGGAGUACCAGAAAGCUCUCAGGGGUUCCAAGGCAGAUGGGAAGUUCUCCAAGAGUGCAACCUUCCCAAGGAGAAUGGAAAACUAUGACAAAGAGGGUGAUUCAUCUGGGGUUUCACCGACCAACAGCGUAGGUGACGUCCCUGACGUGAUCAUGGUGGAUGGUAACAAAGCAACGUCUCCAACCGAAGGGAAACCAAGGAAGACCAGCAUUGUUCAGCAAGGAAUCAAGCUAUCACAGACACUAGAGAAGAAGAAGAUCGAAAAACUUGAGAAGAAACCAAGACGCUCCUUGAUGGAGCUGGAGAUUGCAGCCCAGCGUGAGAAGGAAGAGGCGUUCCGUCGAGAACAGCAAACAAGGAAGAUGAGCACCUCCAAAUCGCUCUGCGAAGAGGCCCCGCCCAAGUCUCCUCCGGCCUCGUCAUCGGCAGCCUCCUCAGUCCAGACGUCGCCCAGGAAGACCUCGGUGUCUGGGGUGACAGCCAAGCAGGUUUAUAAGGAUCUGAACUAUGCUCCCCAAACAAACAAAAAGAAACUUGCCCUGGCCGGCCAUUGGGAACACAAAUGGAAGUGAGUUAUUCUUCGCAUCGUUCUGUCACUGCAACAUUUAUGCCUCUUGGGGGCGCUAUUCGUGCUACAUGUACAUCACUCAGAAUGUGUAGAGGCAUGGACUAUCCCUUGAAAAAAGACAUUAUUAUGGGGUUUUGAGGGUAGAUGUAUGCACUGGCAUGAUGGAGGAGUCAGCUGUAGGAAGAUGCUCCCUUAAACGCUUCUUGCUGGUGCUGUAUAUGCUGAUCGCGCAUGGAGCACAACUGACAGGAAAAUGAAUGCGUGGGACUGGAGGUGCUCCCUGCUGGCUGUUAAUAUUGAAUUAUAUAUAUAUAAUACAUAAAGAGAGGCCUGCAGGAGAUAACGGCUGACAUCGUAGGUGGGAGAUUCCUCACCUUCAUGUGUUGCUUAAAAAAGAUAACAUUACUGCCUGUUUAAUCAUUAAUCACACAUCAUACUCAAAGCACAUGGAUGAAUGUUGUCGCAGCUGCUCUGUCAAUUUCCGCCCGCAUUCGUCCUCCGCAGCAGUCUCUUAAUCUAUCUAUGUGUCCGUCACCAACCCACCACACGUCUAGGAUCUGAGGUGUCUUGCUGCAUGUUUAACUCGUAUCUUCCAACAACAUCUCAGUCAAGCUGAUCGAAACUCAGGACCAAAUUCUCACUCUCUGCUAGAGCAAACGUAUCGCUUGCUCCAUCUGUUAUUGUAAUGUGAUCAUGUAUGUUUCAUCUGUCUUUGUGUAUAAUGCUUCAGUCAUACCAACGAAAGAGAUUCCACAAUGGCUGAUGGUAUGUCAUUGGUCAUAAUGUAAUAGAUUUGAUUGUUCUGGAGUUGGUUUUGUUGGUAUGUCUGGAGCACAAUGUUCUGUAGUAUUGGUAGGACAUGAGCUCAGUGUACGUCUGCAGCUGUACAGUUUGAUCAAAAACAUUUUUGUCUAGCACCUGCUUAGUUUUAGUGUAAAUAAUUCUAUUUUGAGAUGUAGCAGGAUUGCAAAUGAAAUCAAAAUUGAAUGAAAUUAUGAACUCAGGCUAAAGAUAGCCUAAAUGAUUCUUCAGAUUUUCUGUUUAAUCGUAGCAUGAUCAGAAUUUAUUAACAUUUCAAAUUAAUUUUGGUUAGUCCUCCAUGAAACCACCAGAAACAUACAAAUGCAUUGGUUUGAGUUUGGAAGGGAGUGUCGAUUAAAAUCUACAUACAUAUAGAGCUGAAAGGGUAGAUAUAUCCCAAAAGUAAACAUCUUUCCCUGGCAUGAUAUAAUCUUCAAGGUAUUAACCGAUUUUUUAAAACUCCCUACCCGGGUGAUGAUCUUCAUGGUGGUGAAUGAGUCAGUGUAAAAACUUCACGUUACAUCAUAUAACGGACUUACAUACUUCCAAGACCUAACACAUACAAUAUAUCCAUGUUGUACCAUGAAACCUCUACUUUAUUCAUAUGUAGUUUGCUUGGUUUUGAGCACAUAUAGGCACCAGUUUGGAUCGUUCCCUAGGGAGUGGAAUGUGUAUACAUGAUGGUAUGCUAACCUGAUGAUUGGGAAAUAAUUAUCAGAUCACUUUUCUACGAAACUCCCAUACAACAUGGUCUAAUAAUUAUUUUGCAAGCUGUACAUGUAUAUACAUACUCUAAACAUUUGUUUACCCUUUUUGACUUCAGGAUUCGGUCACCACAUAGGCCCAUAUUCCUAACUCUGGUUUAAACUAGACCUCGGUCUUAAGUAAUGGCCAACCAAAAGUGUCAAAAUUUAUUAACAGUAUAUUCCCUCCCCCUAUUAACUGAUAAUUCAACAUAGUAAGUUGAUUUUAUGUUAAUAUAAACAUGUAAUAUAGGUGGCAUGGAUACGUGUAUAGUGGGGUUUUCUAGAACAAAGUUCAGGCUGCUUUAUACGUGUAUUUGGCCAUUGAAUGCAAUGAAACAUGUUUUUUUCUAACAAGGUUUAGUAUACCUGGGGAGUGUUUCACAAAUCAUCUUGUCAGUGAUUUUCACUCGCUCAAUUGCUCUCAUCCAAUCAGAUACUAGGAUUUCAGUAGCUUAUAACAGUCAGUGAAAACCACCAACCAUGUUUUAUGAAAUUCUCCCCAGUUUGGUUUCUAACAUGUGAUGUAUGUUUGUAAAUAUAUGUAUUGUAAUGCUACAACUGUAUAUUUUCCAAAGAAUUAUAUGUAUAAUAUUUUGUAGAUAUGCCAAUCUUUGUAAUCUAGUCGCCAUGUACUUGUAAAAAAAAGUUCAUCAUACGUGAGAUAUGAUAUAGCAGUGAAAAAGGUUUACUGAAUUGAUUAUUGCAAUGUGUUAUUGAAUAUUGACAAAAAUAUUUGCAAGGUAUUUAAUUUGAGAAUUUAUUUCAAUAUUUGGUCAUGAAAAAGUUAUAUAUCAUGUGCAUGGGCUUUUGUAAUAUGUUUGAAAGUGAAUUGUUUUUAUGUUUGAUGUAUAAAAAGUGGUUUGCUAAUUUUAUUUCUAAAUUCUAUAGAAAAAGAAGUGGUUUGCUAAUUUUCUCUGUUCAAUGGAAAAAAAAAGAGUUAUAUACAGUGGUAGUUGUAUUCUGAUUUGUUGUAUUAUUGCAAAUGUGUGCAUUCGUACAGUUGUUAUACGAUAAAUGUGAAGUACAUAUACGUUUCAGCCAUUAUUGAAUUGUUUUUGUGUCGAAUGCCAAGAAACCUUGUAUAUUUCUGUAUACUGUUAUACUUGUAGAAGCAAAGCAUUGCAUGGCAGCACAAAUAUAUGUAAAAAGAUAUUAGUACAUCGUAAGAACAUCACUGGAAAAUGUAUUAAAAUAGAAAAAAUAUCAUACUUUGAACAUGAGCUUACACGUUAUGCCAUUCCCUUUUUCUUUUUUUGUCAUUGUGACAUUGUAAUACCCAAAAUGCAUGUUUUCAAUAGAUUUUUAAUUUAGACUUGUUUUUAUGUUUUAUUUUUUAAUUUGAAUGAGUUACAUGAACUUCAAAGUAAAAAGUCAAGUACAACUUGCCAGUAAAUCCUUUUGAUUUAAUUUCUUUUAUCUAUAAGUGUAAUUUUUUGGUUUAGAUACGAUGUAAGAUCAUUUUCUCAAAAAUCAUGAAGAUAGGAUAAAUUAUACAAUUAGCAUUAUGAAAACAAAUUAUUCUUGUAAUUGGAAAGUUAUCUACAUGUAGUCAUAUUUUUGUAGUCAAAUUGUUGGUUUAAUUUCAACAACUCCCCUGUAAUUAGCAUCAACUGUAUAGAAAACCAUUGUCUAUCUGUAUUCCAUCGUAGUUGCGAGAAUAUUAUGUUUGAUGUGAUGAAAGUUUUUUGUUUUCUUUACAAUUGUUUCUCUUUUUUGUUGGUUGCAUUAAAUUUAUAUACUGCUUGUUAUUGUAUGGAAUGUGAUAUCACAUGAAAAAUAUAUAUUGUCA